CUUAAUGUCUUUAAUGGAUUUCUAUGGCACCUGUAGAGAGCAAACCGUUCAAUGGACUCCAUGCUCUGUUUGCAGCUCUCCCGAAGCACUUUUUCCUAUGGUCCCCGCUGGUCUAUUCGGCAUGCUGUGGUGGGUCCUGUCAACAUCCUGCCUCCCCCACUGCUUUUCCAAGACAGGAAAAUGUUCUGCCUCUUCUAACCCAGGAUUCCAGAUCCCGAAGAGGGAUUUUAAGAAGGGCUGUCUUUUCUGAAGAUCAGAGAAAAGCUUUGGAGAAAAUGUUUCAGAAACAGAAAUACAUCAGCAAAACAGAUAGGAAGAAACUGGCUCUCAGUCUGGGUCUGAAGGAGUCACAGGUCAAAAUAUGGUUUCAAAAUAGAAGGAUGAAAUGGCGAAACUUCAAAGAAAAAGAAGUACUUUCCAACAGAUGCUUGCCAGAGGAAGGCCUUCAAGGGAUCUAUCUUUCCAAAUCCUCCUUGAAUUUCAUUCCUUCAUCAUGCUCUGCCUGGCAAAUGUCUCAACAACAGACAAGACCAAGAUGGCAGAAUCUUCCAGAACAACCAGAUAGACUAAAUAGCAGAAGCAUCUCACGGCCACCUCCAAGACCAAACUCAUCUUCAGGCACGUUGUUUUUCUAUCAGGAAAAAGAAACCAUGGACAAGGCAAUUAUAUCAUAAGAGAGAAAAAUGGAUGAUAUUAUGAUGUAAAGUGUUCAACAGCUGUUUGACUUCUGACUAAUUUUGUGUGAAUGCUGCCCAUCCUUUGCUAAAGGAUAGCUCAUUGUUUGCUAAGAUCAAACUUAAUAUAUCUUUAUUGGUGAAAACUAAUGUUUUAAGAAACAUUCAGGUCUUCCUCCAUGUUCCUUCUGGACUUCUAAACCACUUGUAAGUGAAGUGGGAAGGAAGGGAUUUAUGGUAAGUAACAGUGGAGUGAAGAAUGAAAAGUUAAUGUGUCUCUACCAUAUACAAUAUGCUUGAUUUAAUUGCAACUAGAUUGUGCUGUCAUGAAGUCCUGGCUGAUCAACAUUUAAUGAUACUAAAGGAUUCCCUAAAGUUCAGUUUGGUGGUGAGAAAAUCUUACAGUGUAUGGUACAGUGAACUCUUUCCCUCUUUUUCAGAAGUGUUGAGAUCAGGUAUUUGUUGAGCUGUAGCAACACAAGGGUCCAUAAGAUUAGGUGGGAGUUCCAGGCAGGAAACAUAGUUAUGGGUGAGAAUGGAUUAGAGACUCCUGCGCUGACAGCAGAGCUGUCCAACAAGAGAAAGAAACUGAGAAUCUAUCAAUUUUAUAUGAAUUUAACUACAGCUUCCCUCAAAGAAUCUUGGGAAAUGUAGGUGUUGAGACAGCAUUUUUGGCCUUACUCCUGGCCUCCCAAUAUUUUCAGCCAAAGCCUUGAAUUUAUAAUUAUCAUGUAGGAGCAAUCUGCAUGCACAUAGCCGUGGGAUGAAUGCAGAUCUGAUGAGUAACAGGACCAGUGGUCAUAAUCUUGCCUUGCCUUAAUGGGGUCAGACUUUGUUUUGGAUUGAUUACAUAUCUCUAGUGUAACUGUGGACAGACAAAAGGUGAAAGGCAAGAAAAUCAGAACUAAGUGAAGGCCUGUAGAGGAAAGAAACGUAAGAGCUCUAUGGCAUGCUGGUAUGCAGGAUUUGGAAUCAAGAAGAAUGGAGCAGGAGACAGAAGGGCUUUGCAAACCAGGAAUCAUUAUCAAAACCCAAUAAUUAAAAGGUAAAUCUAACACAGGAAUGGUAGAUGACAAAAGUAUUUGCACCAUUGAGAACAUAUGGGAUCCUUAACUCUGAUUUUUAUUUCUCUUUAACUGGUUUCUAGGAUCCAAUAUCAUAUUUUGACAGAAACAUGUAUGGAAACAAGCAAAAUGUUCAGAUAGUCCAGUGGUUUAAACAGAAUCCUGAGAAUGAAUAACCAAGUAUUAAAACAUACAGUGGUAGGUUUAUUAAUUUUAGGCAUCAUGGCUUUCAAGUGGCAUAUUCCUUUAUUAUAGGAAUAGCCAAUAUUCCAUACAGGACAACUGAUGUGGCAUCAGAUUACUGACAUAACUUUAGUUUAGUUUAUUUAAUUUAUAUCCCGCCCUCCCCACC